GGUGCUGGGACACGCGUGGACUGGGAAUAGCCAAGCUUGCUCCUGUCAGAUUUUUUGGGGGAGGGACUCCUCUUUUCAAACUUUGCUCGUCAAUCACCUGACAACCUUACUAUUGCGCACCACUUUUGGGAUUAGAAAGAUACCAUUUUCUCACGUUUGUAGGAAAUCAAAGAACGAACCACUCUUACAGUUGUCAAUCAUUUAGCUGUGCAUUUAGCCAGAUUUUAGUUCGUUUGGGUUCUAAGUCGGGGCUGCAAUUCUCGCAUUGCAAGAUCCGUAUCACAGAGGUUUGCUCGCUUUUCUUGGGUGUCACAUCGCCAUGUCCUCCGGUGAUGCGUCGGAGCAGAGUCGGCGGUUCAGUGUGCUGUCUUGGGAGCAGGUGCAGCGCUUGGACUCCAUCCUCGGAGAGACCGUGCCCAUCCACGGCCGCGGAAACUUCCCGACUCUGUCUGUUCAGCCCCGGCAAAUUGUACAGGUGGUGCGAGCCCGGCUGGAGGAGAAAGGGAUUGUGGUCCGGGAUGUGAAGCUGAACGGCUCGGCAGCCAGCCAUGUGCUGCACCAAGACACAGGCCUGGGCUAUAAGGACCUGGACCUGAUCUUCGGCGUCAGCCUCACCGACGACAAGGCCUUCCGGCUGGUGAAGGACGUGGUGCUGGACUGCCUACUGGACUUUCUGCCGGCCGGCGUCAACAAGGACCGCAUCACGCCACUGACGCUGAAGGAGGCCUACGUGCAGAAGCUGGUGAAGGUGUGCAACGACACGGACCGCUGGAGCCUCAUCUCGCUCUCCAACAACACGGGCAAGAACGUGGAGCUCAAGUUCGUGGACUCGCUGCGGCGGCAGUUCGAGUUCAGCGUGGACUCCUUCCAGAUCGGCCUGGACUCGCUCCUGCUCUUCGACAGGUGCUCGGAGACGGCCAUGUCAGAGAGCUUCCACCCGACCGUGCUGGGCGAGAGCGUGUACGGGGACUUCCAGGAGGCCCUGGAGCACCUGCGGCAGCGGACCAUCGCCACGCGCAGCCCCGAGGAGAUCCGGGGCGGCGGGCUGCUGAAAUACUGCCACCUGCUGGUGCGGGGGUUCCGGCCGGCCUCGGAGGCGGAGAUGAAGUCCCUGCAGCGCUAUAUGUGCUCCCGCUUCUUCAUCGACUUCCCCGACAUCGGCGAGCAGCAGCGCAAGCUAGAGGCCUACCUGCAGAACCACUUCGCCGGCAUGGAGCACAAGCGCUACGACUGCCUGGUCACGCUGCACCGCGUGGUGAACGAGAGCACCGUCUGCCUGAUGGGCCACGAGCGGCGGCAGACGCUGGGCCUGAUCUCCGCCCUGGCCCUGCGCGUGCUGGCCGAGCAGAACGUUAUCCCCACCGUCACCAACGUCACCUGCUACUACCAGCCCGCCCCUUACGUGCAGGACAUCAACUUUAACAACUACUACAUUGCACACGUGCAGCCCCUGGCGGCCACCUGCAGAAACUCAUAUCAGACCUGGCUGCCUUGCAACUGAGGCCAUCAAUGGAGACUUUUUCGG